AUGGAGGACUUGCAGCGCGUCGAGCGCUCGCUGCUAGCCCCGUGGCAGCGAGUCAAGAUGGUGGCUACUUACAUCCUGCCACGUCUCGACUUCUUGUUGCGGGGUGCCAAGGUGGAGAAGAGCCUCGUGAAGAUCGUGGACAAGCAGAUAAGGAGACUGGCCAAGUCGUGGCUCAACCUCCCUCAGCGCGCCAGCGCGGAGGUAGUCUACCUCUCUCCUAACAAGGGGGGCUGUGGCCUGCUUCCGCUCGCUGACCUUGCCGACGUCCUGACAAUAGCGCACGUCUUCGGUGUUAUCACGGCUGGCGACGCUGGAGUCAGAAUUUUGGCGUGGGCGUCGCUGAGGGGAGUGGUUCAGCGGCGAAUUGGUUCAAUACCAACGGAGCAGGACAUCACUUCGUGUCUCUCGGGCUUGCUCGAGAGAAAGUUCCGCGACGGUGGAGAGCGCUCUCUUUGGUCUGAUGCGCGAAACGCGUGUAGGCGGCAGUCCUCCAGAUUGCGGAUCCGCUGGAUGUGGGCGGAAGAGACGCGGGAGCUUUUUCUGGAGUGUCGGGGCACGGGGGGUAAUCUGGUGAAGAUCUCACCAGAAACGCGGGCGCAGGUCAUCCAUGCACUACGCCUGGCUAUCGCGUCGUAUUAUACGAGCACAUUGCUCGCUAAAAGGGAUCAGGAGAAGGUGUUUGAGGUGGCCAUGCGUCAUGGACUCAGGCACGAUGACCUGUUGCUACGAUUAGCUAGGGCCACCCGUCUGCCAAGUGAAGUCCGAUUUAACCAGCGGGUCGAGGGGGUCGAUCACGAAUUGGCGAAUCUUCGGAUUGACCUCGUGAUUCGUUACAAGCAGUUGCAGUCGAUUAUUAGUAUUGACGUUACGGUGCCCUUCGAGAACCGUCGUAAGGCGUUCGAUGAAGCAAGAGCGAGGAAAGUCGCCAAGUACACUCCUCUUGCUGAGGCCCUCACGCGGGAAGGGUACCGUGUGGUAGUCACGCCGUUCGUGGUCGGCUCCCUCGGCUCAUGGGACCGGAGGAAUGAGGCGGUGUUGAAGCUGCUGUGUGUUUCUAACACGUACGCAGCGAUGAUGCGCCGUCUCAUGGUCUCCGAUACCAUACGCUGGUCGCGGGACAUUUACGUGGAGCACGUCUCCGUGGUGAUGCAGUACGCGGCGGCUGCUUGGUUACCCGGCGGAACGCUCCGAGACAAUACGCGAGCGAUUCGCCGACGCUACGGGGAACGGGAGAUGGUGAUCCUGGCGCAUCAUGGGCGCCAGGAAUAG